AUGGCUUCAGUCGUGCUCCACGAACGGAUCUUGCAAACGCCUGCCGUCAGACAGACUCGGUCGGCCCUGCUCACAAAAAUCCCCGCCGAGAUCAGAACCGAGAUAUUCACUCUGAUACUGCAAUCGUAUCCCGACCAGUCUCCCGAGCGGGAAUAUGAUCGCUCCGAAGCCUAUGUCCGCCCAGGCUACUCGGCGCCUCUCGUAACCUACACGGCUGUGUUGCAGACGUGCCGCGCCGUCUACCAAGAGUACUGGCAGUUCCCCUUCUUUCUUCGCGAGCAGAUCCACUGGGCUUCCCACCAAGAGUGGUGUUGCCCCCCGGCAUACAAUUUGGCUACUGCGUUGAAGAAGCUUCGGUCUUCGUUCCCGAUGCUGUGGUUGAGACAGGAGUUCAGAAAUCUUCGGGUAUUCCCUCGAGUGUAUUCGUUGGAGAAGGAGGGUGUUAUGAACAGGAUUCUGAACGUUGGGAUUCGCCCUCACAUCAUCACCAUCACGAUCCGCCACACGGAUUGGUUCAACUGGGAGAAUGGUCCGCUGAAACUCGAGGGGAACUGGACGCGAGGAGUCUCCAAGGUACUACCAACGAGCGUGCGUCAACUCACUAUCGAGCUCGAAACUGUUCGUCGCAUGAAAGAGCAGGUGGAUGAGCUAGCUUCGCAGAUGAUGGACAAGUGGCUGUUUAAGAGGGAGGACGGGGUCACUUUGUCCCCGCAGUCAGUUGCCCACUCCAUAUGGUGUGGCAAAGGCAUUAGAAGUGAUAGUAGAUGGGCUAGAUACGGGACCGCCGAGUCUCGCAUAGAGUACUACAUCGCGAGGGUGGAUUUUCGAUGGGACGAGAAGGAUCCUCGGACGUAUACUCACAGGAGCAAACAGCAGCUGAGGCUUUAUAACCCUGCAUGGCGUCCACUCCCGGCCAUGCAAGAGCCGAUAAACGUCCAGCCAGUGUUUGAAGAAAUCCUGCCACCCCAGAACCAACAACUGCCGUUGCCGAGAUUCAUGAGGGACACCAUCUCGUCCAGUCUUAAGAAGCGAAGGCCCUGA